AUGAGAGGCCUACCAGAAGACCCAGAAAGGCAGACCCAGCACCAAAAGCAUCGCUCAUGGGUUAAGAAAGCUACCGCUGCGUUUUUUUCCGUGGUUCUCGUGAUGAUCGGCAUCACAAUUGCAGAAUCAUGCUUUCUGACUCCAGCAAGCAACAGGAGGCAGAAAUCAUCACAUUUGAGCCCAGAAGAGGAGGCUUUAUUGAAAUCUAGGUGUCCAUACAUGGAGAAGAUCGCACCACAGCCCGGAUUCGAGAACUCGACGGUGUUUUUAGGCGACGAGUACAAGAAACACUCGGUGAAAGUGUGGGGAGACAUGAUCCGCAUCCCAACACAAUCAUACGACCUUAUGGGUCCCAUAGAUGAGGAUCCAAGGUGGCAGAUCUUUGCUGAGUUUGAGAAAUACCUCAAUGCAACCUUCCCGGUCUUCACCGAGAGGGCUGAGCUCGAACACGUGAACACAUACGGGCUCGUUUACACUUUGACAGGCUCGGACUUGUCGAAAAAGCCAAUUUUACUCACAGGCCACCAGGAUGUGGUCCCUGUUCCAGACAACACUGUUUCCAGAUGGACGCAUCCGCCAUUUUCGGGCCAUUUCGACGGUCAAUACAUGUGGGGCCGGGGCUCGGCCGACUGCAAAAAUACAGUGUCUGCAAUUUUCGAGGCACUCGAAUCGUUGUGCAGCCAGGAUUUCCACCCAAAAAGAACUGUGGUUGUUGCACUUGGCUUUGAUGAGGAAGCCAGCGGAUACGUGGGGGCCAGAAACAUCGGCAAGUACCUCGAAAAUCGGUUUGGCAAGGAUUCAUUCCUGAUGCUUUUGGACGAAGGUGGAGCCAUCGUCGAAGAUGUGUACGGAGUGGACCUUGCCUUGCCGGAUACAGGCGAAAAGGGCCGUGUUAACGUUGUUGUCGACUUGGAAACAACAGGCGGCCACUCGUCUGUCCCACCACCACAUACUUCUGUGGGAAUCAUGUCUGAGCUCAUCACCACAUUAGAAAGUUCUCCUUUCCCGCUCCAACUCGAGCCUUCCAGCCCAUUCUACACCCAACUCCAGUGCAUGGCCCGGUUCAGCAACAGCAGUAUGCCCAACAGUCUUCGGGCGGACAUCGUGAGUCUUGCAAAAGACCCCGAAGCGAAAAAUAGAGUCCUCGAGUUACAGUCCAGAGACUUGUACACCAAGUACUUGUUCUCGACUUCGCAGGCUGCCGAUAUCUUUAAUGGCGGGUCUAAAAGCAACGCUCUUCCUGAGCAGGUCAGUGCCCAGAUCAACUACCGGAUAGAUGUCGGAUCUUCCGUCAAGGAGGUCCAGGAUAAGGUCGAAGGCAUUGUGCGGCAGAUUGCCCACAAGUAUGGGCUUUGUGUCAAGGGAUUCGGCACUUAUCUGCAGGGCUUUGACCCAAUUCCGAAGGGCGGCUUCACUUUAUCCGUUACAGAUGCAUUAGAGCCUGCUCCUGUGACGGAUGUGACCGAAAACCCGACUUGGGCUCUUUUGGCAGGCACUAUUCGGCAUGUUUUUGAGGACGACGGUUCGGUCUUGGGUUCUGCCAACCGUGAAAUUGUCGUUUCGCCUUCCCUAACAACCGCCAACACUGAUACCAGGCACUACUGGGACCUAACUCCGAACAUCUACAGAUUCAACCCUGUCCGUAUGAACUACUUUGUGAACAUCCAUGCUGUUGACGAGCGAGUUCUUGUUGAUGCUCAUCUUGAGACUGUGGCCUUCUACUAUGACUUCGUGCAGAAUGCUGAUUGUUUUGACAAAUGA